UGUUCCAUAGAAUCACAAGCCAACCUCUCCUCCACUCACUGCCUAGUUGUCUCCCCAUCUUCAGUAGAUUCACUCCCAAUUUUCUUUGUCUUCUUCUUCCUAAAAACCACAUUGUGUAGACAGGAAUCUUUAGCAUACAGACAGCACGGAUAGAUCACUCUCUGCUGUCCAUUAGACCAAGAAGGUCAGUUCACCCCCUCUCUUACCUUCUUACACACAUUCCUACAGGCAAACACACUUCUAUAUAUAACUAAAGGGUCUCAAAAUAUCAAAGCACAACAUGCAGGUGAGCUUUGUAUAUUCAAAAAUUAUAUAACAAAAUGUGUAGUCUUCAUAUUACAGCUUAUGUCCCCUCCCCAUCCAUUAUAGCAGAUUCUUCACUGGCUCCUUAAGGGUACCGCAAGAACAAGCAAGGGAGAAUACUUCUACCACUUCUGCCAAGUACAAUACUAAUGAUCAAGAAACUGAAGGAAUAGAUAUAAUUCUUAGGCAUCGUGGAAGUCAUCGAAGAUCAGGAAGAGACAAAGAAAAUGACUUUUGUUUGAGGAGAUUUAGACCAUUUGCAAUUUUAUGCAGAAAAGAUGUUGCAACUGCUUGUUUCUAUAGCUCACUUACUCUGAAAAGACUUAAUAGCUUCAAUAGGAGGAAGCAGCAGCCGCAGCCGCAGCCGCAGCAGAAUUGGAUGUACUCUAUGAAGAUGAAGAAAGAAGACAUUAUUGCUAAAGGACAAGGCAUGAGUAAUAAGGUGGAUUCAGCCACUCAUGCAGGCAACAAAGUUCUACCCAUAACUGAUACAACAACAUUAUCUUCCUCAUCAACUAGCUCAAAUGUUGGCCAAUGUGGCUCACUGGAUAAGAAAAAUACCCUUAAAGGGGAUAAAACCAAAGCCAUGUCUAGAAUGAAGGAGCUAUUGAGAUGGGCUGCUGCUGCAAAAUCUGACAAGAAAAGAAACUUCAUAGGAAGAAAGGUUCUGCACUUUAGAAAUAGAGCAACACUUAAAGCAGUACCAGAUGAUGAUCAAAUGAGCAAUGAAUCACCCAAGAUCAGUUUCAGAUGGGAUGUUGAAAGCUGCUCCACCACUUCCUCUGCAUAUUCAGCCAUUUCAGUGGCUUCUUCUUCGAAAACUGAUCUGACCCUGAACAUGCUUUCACUCAAUUCCACUCCUCUCCAUGAUAGGAAAGGAAAUUGGAUCACUACAGAUUCUGAAUUUGUGGUGCUAGAGCUGUGAAGAGAAUCAGAAGCCUGUAAUGAUUCUCCAUGGCUGAAUCAAGUGAAUGCUUGAAGAAAUGUUUCAUGUGCUAGGAUCUCUUUUUCUUGUGGGCGUUAAUUUUUGAGAUAAUUAAUUAGAUGAUUUAAUUGUAACAUCAGCUGUAAGGAUCUGAAAAUGUAAGCAGAUUAAAGAAGAUGGCCUACCUGCAUAGUAACCUGACCAACAUUUUUAUUUGUAUGGAUAUAAGAAUGUUCAAGUCUAGCCAGCCAAUGCCAUGUAAGGGUCAUUAAGAUCAUAAUUAGAGAAAGAGUGACCUAACAUAUGAUUUCCUUCCA